AUGUUGGUGAAGAGCCGAAUGGCGAAGGAUCAUGUGGUUGACCUCGAUGAAGCAUUCUCCACGCUUCGAAAGUACCGGAUGAAACUCAAUCCCGCAAAAUGUGCAUUCGGAGUCACCUCGGGCAAGUUUCUUGGCUUCGUGAUCACCCAACGGGGAAUUGAAGCCAAUCCCAAGAAGAUCCGAGCGCUCCAAGAGAUGGUGCCCUCGAGGACAGUUAAAGAGGUGCAGCGGCUUACGGGACGGGUUGCAGCUCUCGGGAGAUUCGUUUCUCGGUCGGCCGAGCGCUGUCUCCCGUUCUUCGCGGCUCUCAAGCGGCCGAAGGACUUCUUGUGGCCGGCAGAAUGCCAGCAAGCCUUUGAAGAGCUUAAGCAUCUUCUCGCUUCUCCUCCUUUGCUCACGAAGCCUCAGCAGGGUGAGCUCCUUUAUCUGUACUUGGCUGUUUUCCCAGUUGCAGUGAGCUCGAUUCUGGUCCGAGAGGAGAACAGGCUUCAGAGACCAGUAUACUACACUAGCUGGAUCGUGCUGGAAGAAUUACGAAGUGGGCCGUUUGAGCUCGGAGAGUUUGACCUCAAGUACCGACCCAGACCGGCGAUCAAGGCGCAGGCGCUCGCCGACUUUAUAGUCGAGUGCACUGUGCCAGACAAGGCCGAGCUCGAGCUUGCAUCAACGGAGCAGACCCUGAGGUCGACGUGGACUCUGCACGUCGAUGGUUCCUCGAACUCGGUGGGUGGUGGAGCGGGCCUCAUCCUCACCAGUCCAGAUGGAGUGGUUGCCGAGCAGGCUUUACGCCUCAAGUUUUCCACCUCUAACAAUGUGGCGGAAUACGAGACACUCAUCACCGGGCUCAAGUUGGCAAGGGAGCUGGAAGUGAAGGACCUAAGGGUCUUCAGCGACUCCCAGCUGGUUGUGAACCAAAUCUUGGGUGACUUUGAAGCCAGAGAGCCCACGAUGCAGGAGUAUCUCCGGAAAGUGCGGGAUCUCACCUCGACUCUGUGCUCUUUCCACAUCCAACACAUUGCUAGGUCGGAGAACCUCAUAGCAGACCAACUGUCAAAGUUGGCGUCCUCUCGCAUGAGCGAGCUUCCCAAAGCAGCAGCACUGGAGUAUCUUCAGAUGCCCAGCACGAAGGAACCCGAGCCGGCCCUUUGCAUCGAUGUUGAGCCGAGCUGGAUGGACGAGCUCGUCAUCUACCUGCAGGAUGACGUCCUCCCCAUUGAUGAGCGCGAAGCUCGCCGAGUCAAGUGCUUAGCCUCUCGGUACAUAAUGUAUGAGGGCAAACUUUAUCGGAGGUCUUUUACCUCCCCCCUCCUCAGAUGCCUCCGCCCGUCGGAGGCGGAUUAUGCAAUGCGUGAAGUCCAUGAAGAAAUUUGCGGAAAUCAUCUGGGAGGCCGAGCACUGGCGCAUAAGAUUCUACGCCAGGGAUAUUAUUGGCCGACACUCCAGAAGGAUACGCUAGACUUCGUCCGGAGAUGCGACCGAUGCCAGAGGAACGCCAAUAUUCAACGCCGACCCUCGGCCCCAUUGACCUCGAUCAGUUCCUCUUGGCCAUUCGCCCAAUGGAGAAUUGAUAUCCUGGGACCAUUCCCUCUGGCAACCGGGCAAAGAAAAUUUUUGGUCGUCUAUAUUGACUAUUUUACUAAAUGGGUUGAGGCCGAGCCAGCGGUCCGGAUCACCGAGCAGAAGAUGCAGGAUUUCAUUUGGAAGUCAAUAAUCUGCAGAUUCGGACUUCCCUACAUCCUCAUAUCAGACAACGGCCGCCAGUUUGAUAACGCUCGCUUUAGAGAGUUCUGCUCCGAGCUCGGCAUCGACCACCGCUUCACCUCAGUUGCGCAUCCUCAGACAAAUGGAGAAACUGAAGUAACGAAUCGCACUAUUCUGCAGGGACUCAAAGCCAGGCUCGACCAAUCCAAAG